AUGUCGGCCGCUUCCCUCUGCCGAUCCAUGGGCCGGCUGGCCCUCGCCGCCCCCUCCUCUUCCUCUUCGGUCCGACUCGCAGCCCGCCCCGUUACGCUGACUGCUUCCAGGUCACUCGCAUCACUGGCCAGCAGCUCAUCGUGCCUCGCCAGGUCGGCGGUGGCCACCCCCUCGAUCGCAAGGCUCGUGGCCAGCCGCGGGUACGCCUCAGAGGCUUCCAGCAGCCUCACCCUCGGAAACCUCAAGCCUGGCCAGCCCACCAAGAACCGGAAACGCCUGGGCCGUGGCCCGUCAUCCGGCCGCGGUGGCACGUCUACGCGAGGCCACAAGGGUCAGAAGGCACGCGCUGGUAACGGCAAGCCCGUGCCUGGCUUCGAAGGUGGCCAGUCGCCCCUGACCAGGAGGUUCCCCAAGCGCGGCUUCAACAAUGUCAACGCGCAGAAGUACGUGCCAGUCAACCUGGACAAGAUCCAGCAUUGGAUCGACCGCGGCCUGUUGGACCCGAGCGAGCCCAUUACGGCCAAGGAGCUGUUUGAGACGCGGUGCAUCCACAGUCUGCGCGACGGCGUCAAGGUGCUGGGCGAGGGCGCGGGCCACCUGCAGACGCCCAUCAACCUGGUCGUCAACCGCGCGUCGCAGUCUGCGAUUGCGGCGAUUGAGGCGCUAGGAGGGAGCGUCGAGUGCCGGUACUACAACAAGCUGAGCCUGACGGCGCUGGUCAAGCCGCAGAAGUUUAUCGGCAAGCUGAUGCCGAGGCCGGCGGAUCCCGUGAGCAAGAAGGACCUCCUGUACUACUCUUCGCCCAAGAACCGGGGCUACCUGGCCAAGCGGCAGGCGGUCAAGCAGCUUGUCCAGCAGCAGCAGCAGGCGGGCGGAUCUCAAUGA